GGUGGUUCGCGUUCGGCUACAAAGAGGGCGCUCCUCGUUUAUUUGGUUUUAUCAACUAGUCAUAUGUAUGAUGACUGCGCAGCAGGAGGUGUGGGUAUCUUUUCUUCGUUCGCGAUCAUUUUCCUUCUUGGUAGAAAGCGAACUUACCACCUUGUUCUGUUCUUGUUUCUCGGAACAACAUGCGCAAGGUUCGCGAGCCAACAAACUGCAGGCGAUGCGUGUGUUCCCGAAACAUCCAACCCAGGGCCUUGUUCGUCUCCCCACCGGCCGGUGAGUGCAAAAGCAAAUGGACGAGCGGCUACUAUGUUUCUCCAAUCAUAACGUCUCGUCGCAGCUCGUCCUCGUCGCUGCUUGUUCAUCACCAUCCGCGUGCUGGCACGCCAAAAAAUUUUCCAUUCACGUUCUCGACCAGCACCAGCAGGAGGACUUUUGGUGCGUCUGCGGGAGCGACAGUGUCAUCUUGGCCUUUUCGCGCACGAAAUGACGCCCCCCGCCAGCCCUCGACGUGGUGGGAAAAAUGGGUCUAUGGCACGAAUCCGCUGAAUCCGGAAAGAACCCACAUUGCCAAGCUUUUGGAACAAGAAGGUAUCGACCCGCUCUUACUUGAGAAGGACGAGGUCGAGACCUUGAAGAAGCUGUACUUGACAGAGGUGCGGUUCUAUAAAAUCGACGACCAGGAAGACGGUGGCGCAAAGGCCUGGGAAAUCGUGAAAAAGAAGUACGAAGAGAAGUUCCACAAGUUGCAACACUGCUUCGGCGGUUCGUUUCCGCGGUAGAAGUAGAGUGAGACGACCUGCUUCGCGCAGGCUCCUGCGGCUGCAGCUGCUUCUCGUAGUGCAUAGAAUCGCUGCUGUUGGAGUGCAUACCAUCAAGAAUCGAAACCCGGCUUGUUCUUUCUAUGGUGUCCUCGUGCGCCGUGAUUGCCUCGCCCCGCCUCGGGCAACAACUUCUGGAAUUCAAGCGACAAUGUCGCUGCCUGAUCCAGAGCGGUCUCUUCGGGUCGGCGAGGAGUUGUCUUUCGGCAGCUGUAGACGAGCGCGCUCCUCGUCGUGGUUGCGCCACUCUAUUUGUCGGAUUUAUUUCACGACACGUCAAGUGUCGAUUUUGUAGCAAUUCGGCUGCGGUCAGGUCGCCAUCGGGGGCCGGCCACGUAGAUGCGACUGCACCUCUUGCGGCGUCACCCGUACCGAUUUCUCUUCGAAUCACGCAGUUUUUGCGUCAGAUAAAUCUACACGACUGGCAAAGGUCGACGUCCUCGACGAAUGCUGGAGUAUCAGCUGCGUCAGACCGCAAACAGAAAGGUGCGUUUCGAGCGGAGCUGGUCCAAAUUCUGCAGAGCACGAGCCUGUUUGCUUUUGAUCCUUACACGAACGAAGUUGUCGCCUGCGUUUCUGGAUUCUUCGCUCGCUUUCCACUUGUCGAGAGCCAUGCUGCUGAGCAAGGUGGGGAUAUCGAUCUACUCAGGCGAACCUUUGACUGCUUGAUUGGCAACGUACAGGGUCGUGUGGAAAGUACGUUUGCGCUUGGAGAUGCUGAAAAGGCCGUGAAGGAGCAGCACUUUAGAUUCGGGUGUCGUGUCGGCGAGGGUGAGCACAGCCAGCCCCAGCUGUCCAGAAAUCGACAAUCACUUAGUUAUAGCGACAGGGCAUUACACGGAGUUGCUGUUUCUGGUACAUCCGCACUGCAACUGCUCCAACUGCUCGCUGAUGUCUGCGCUGUUGUAGCCACAGCGCGUGACGAAGACCAUCUUCGCUCUCAGCAGGACCACUCUCACCGCAGCACAGAACGGAACUACGACACGGUCGCUCUGGGAUUCGGCGAACAACAGCGUCUGAAAAACCUUCAAAAAUGGGACGAUUUCCUGGCGCGCGUGUUGCGAACCAGAGCAACAUCGUCGGCAUUUUCGAGUUGCGAUUUUCUACAGUGGGCGCAGGCCUUACGUUCUUCCCCAUCGGCAAGCACCUCCCUUCCGAAGGUCCGCCAGGCGCUUGUGGAUGUGCUCGAUGAUCCAGUGGUUGUUGAACGAUUGGAAGGCGAGACAAGUCGCAAUCAUUCUGCGAGGGCGGAUUUGGUGACGCUGGCAGAUAGCGUGCUGCACCUCCAAACAAGCGAUGACGGGAGCAGGAGUGGAGAGCAAUUUGUAGAGCAAGAGCUGCAAGAACGUAUUGCCGCAACUUCCAUCGUUUUUACGCAGGCCAAUGCAACAUCAGCAACAACGGAAAUAUCACAGCUUGCCGCAGCAGUAGGUCGGAUUGUAUGCGGCUUCCCUGGCCGUCGUGCUUUUUUCUGGUCGAAAGAGGACUUGCUUCGGAUCGUGCGUGUCUGUGCUGCGGCUGUGGACGGCGCCGCAGCGUCGCAGAGCCCAAGCUGCUCUAAUUCCACCAGAAACUACACGAAAGAAGGCCGCCGGGAGCCAGCAUUGGCCUUGGAGCUGGCCUGCCAGGAGAUUCGGCGAAGGUUUGCGACGCGCAGUAUGCUGAACGGCUACGACGCCGCGGACUUUCUGGAACUUUUCGGGCAGAUUCAGCACACGGACGAGACCCUACUUCAUGAACUAUGGCUUGCUAUUCGGUCCGCUGUGGGAGAAAUGGCCAACGAUUGUUUCGGCUUGCCAGCAGCACCUUUGCCCACAGACCACGGCGGCCACAUCGGUGUCGUUAUUCGCAAACACGAUCGCAGGCUGCGUGCGGAAAAUCCAGCACUUCACGCGUCCAUGACGCUCCGUCCUCCAAAUAGCGAUGAACAUCGAAUCCCGAGGCGCACUUCUAGGAGAGAGCUUUUUCUGUUUCUGCACCGCCUUCUUGUAGGGACCUCGCACUUGCAUUCAUCUACCGGGGCUAAGGCGCUCAUUGAAGUUUCGGAAAUUAUUUGCGAACAUGACCUGCACAACGAUGGAUGCUUCGCCGAACGCUUUGCGUGCUUGCGCGGAUUUGCGACGGCAAACGUUUUCAUUUCUAGCACGCUUGUGCAAAAACUUUCUAUGCCCGAUUUUCAUGUCGCAAAAGCAAAACCCUCACGAACAGUGCGACGAUACGGCGCACGUCGAAUCGAGGCGCUCUCCUUAACACAUCGACGGGAGCGGCCUCACGUCUCGACGGACGGCGUCGAUAUAGACAACUUCUGCGAGGUUGCAGCACUGUACUCGUCCGUUGCAGAACUCGACGGACGUACGGUGACGGACAUGAGGAAAAAAAUUGAGCAGUACCUUUUGUCGCCGAGCACUUCUUGCUCCCGCGAAGAAUCGCUCGGCAGUUCCGAGAAAAUCGCAUGCGUCCGUGUUGGUGGAAACGAGAACAACGUCGGCGCGCUUCUUGAACUGUCCGACCUUGUCAACUGCCUCCAGUUCUACAUUUUCAGUUCGAGGACAACGAGCGCAGACGCGGCUGUCGACGACCGCACCAGAGGCUCACUCGACAUGACUGUGGUCUGGUCACUGGUGCUACAAAUCGCAGGCGCAUUUUCGUCGUCUUCCGGGGCUGCGCCACACAGUUGUAACCCCUCGGGCGAUCAUCUUCCGCUAAUUGAGGCAGUUGAAGCGCGUGACCAGGUCGUAGCGAUAGCCUUUCUCUUCUGGAGAAACUGUCACGAUUGGUGUGAGCGGUCGCCGCUAGUGGUUCUUCGGGCAUUGCUUGGGUGCGUUGGUGAAAAAGUCGAACCGCCGGAAGCUGAACAGGAGGACGAGCGGUUGCGGCGCAUGGUGUGGCAAACAGUUUGCAACUUGGGCCUCGGAAACGCAGCACAGCUACGACCAGUCUUUGAGAUCUUUCCACGUUCUAUCGUAAUCGGAUCGAGAGAGGGCAGCACGGCCCGCGCUGGCGUUUGA